AUGCAGAUGCUUGAACUCCAAGUAUGGCAUGCUCUCCAUGGAAUGAUGUAUCAGAAGAUAGCCGUGGAUAGCCCAGAUGGAUUCAAAACUGGCCAGAUCACCGUCAUACGGUCCCAAAUAGACAAGGGCUUUCGUCUGUUAAAUAGAAAUAGAAAUCGAAACUCCGCUCCGGGUUACGAGGCGAAAUCGAAGAGGUGGUGUGUAGGACAUUAUCAACAAACCCGUUCACCAAAAUUGCACAAGACCACAGCUCUACUGCAUCAUGUCAAGAGAUGCAGAGCUGUCCAUCUUCGAAAGGAUGCACAGAAAGCUUGGUAUCAGCCUUUGGAGACAGAACGAUUUAACCCCGUCCGAAUAAUUGGUCGUUUUCUUGCCCCUCCCACAAAGAAAAAGGAAAAAUGUUGCAAGUAA